AUGCCACACGUCGAAGUCCUCCCUAAUUCAGCUACUCAAAUUGCGCCAGGAUGGACUUAUGUAGUGGACACUGGCUAUGACCCCUCCAAAAUCGCCAUAAACCCUAAGAACAAAAAGCGCGCUGCCGCCAAUCCCAACCAGCGCGGCGAAAAUGAGCUCAGCUCGCGACAGCAGACGGCCAUCGCACGGCGCAUAGCAGAGCUGAACCGAGACAACGAUCCGAAGCAAAUCAUAUCAAUACCCGGAAAGACUUCCAUUCCCAAGACGCAGAAUGCCCGAAGAAUUAUACAAUACCAGAGGCAGAUCAAGCACUGGCUCGACGAUGAGGAAGCUCAGCUCGCGCUGGUUCAACAGGCACCGCUACCGCGGUCCGCGACGACCGCGUCCCGCUUAGCAGCUCAACCGCUGCGACGAACUUCCACCGUACCACCUACACCCUCUGAGCUGACUCCUGCCCCGGCUGCGCCUACGCCGAACAAGCCGAUGUCCUCGCGCAUGGACCUCGAUGAUGAUCCACUCCUUGCCAUCGACAGCUCUAUGCCACUGCCGAUCAGCCAGCCCGAUCUCGACGCUCUGCUUUCUGCGCCCCCGCUAUCGUAUGCUGCCUCGCAUGUUGCUGCUCCUGCGCCAGGGGGGCCUCCGCAACGACACUUUUGCGACAACUGUGGUUAUUGGGGUAAGAUCAGGUGUCUGAAAUGCGGGGCGAGAGUUUGUGGCAUGGAAUGCAAAGACGCGCAUGAAGCGACUCGCUGUUUGAAGUGGACGUGA